AUGCCGCUGCCGGAGCUGAUCGAGAUCGUGCCGUUGUCAAAGGAACAGCUGCGGAGCUUCCAAUGGAAAAAGGCCGAGAUCAUGGCCAUCGUGCUGGCGGCGCUGGGCAAAGGAGAAGUAAUUUUGAAAGGCGCCCUGUGGAGCGAAGACACGGAGGCCAUGGUGGAGUGCAUGAAACGCUUAGGCAUCGAGGUGGAUGUGGCCGUGGACCCUGAGCUGGAUGCCAACCGCAUCAUCACCAUCCAAGGAUGCAAUGGUCAGCUUCCCAAGGGCGGCACCGAAGCCGCUCCACUGGAGCUCUUCGUGGCCAACGCCGGGACGGCCGCGCGCUUUCUGUCGGCGAUGGUUUGCCUCGGCCAUGGUGUCUAUCGAAUCUCGGGCGUGCCACGCAUGCACGAGCGUCCACAAAAGGAGUUGAUCGAAGCGCUGAGAAAGUUGGGUUACCGGGUGGACACACCCAACAACAAACUGCCAGCGCUGUUCUUUGGAAAAGGGCCGGUGCGCGGCUCCGUCACCGUGAGUGUUGAGGACAGCUCCCAAUUUGCCAGCGCCUUGCUCCUUUCGAGCCGCGCUGGAGAGUGGGACGUCUCCAUCCCUGCUGGUGCAAAUCCAGAUGAGCUGCCCUACGUGGAGAUGACACGUGAGCUGCUGAAGGCUUUCCCACACAAUGGAGGAGAGUUCCAGAUUGAGGCCGAUGCAUCUAGUGCAAGCUACUUCCAUGCUGUGAACGCCUUGUUUGGGAGGAUUCAGCCUGUGAAGGUUCUGGCGUGCCAGCCGCCCAAAUGCAAAGGUGGCACCGGCUGGCAGAUUGAUGCCGAGUUUCCCAGGCUGGCACCUCUGAAUGAGAAGAUGUACAGCGCGAGACAGCAGGUGGCUGAGUGCUGGAAAGGUUUUUACUAUUUUGUGUCUCGCAGCUUGCUGGGGCAUGAGAACAUCCAUGACCCUUACAUCAUCUCUAGAAAGACUCACUUGGGUGACUCGAUCAUGACUGCCAUCACCAUCUCUGGCUUGGCAGAUGGUCCAUAUGCCUUUGUCCAACUGGGAGUGCUGAGGAAACAGGAAUGCGAGCGCGUCAAAGCACUGUAUGACGAGCUGCGAAAGUGCAAGUUUCGAGUGAUAGAGAGCGGCGAUACCCUAGAGGUGCUCCCGGUGCGCAACGAGGUGUCUCCGGGCAACGCACGGAUCAGCACCUACCACGACCAUCGGAUGGCCAUGUGCUUUGCCAUACUAGGCCUGGCUCUACCCGGGCUGAAGAUCGAAGAUCCCAGCUGCGUGAGGAAAACGGUUCCGUCCUUUUUCCAGAUCUUGGCGGCACCGCCUCCCAAGGGCUUGGGAGUGGAGAUCUGGGAAUGUGAUCCCAAGAGCGGAGAUCGGGUCAGACGCUUGGAGGAUCCCAAAGAUUUGGAGCCGCGGAAGUGA